AUGCGCAAAUUCAACAGCCCCUUACCUCAGCCCCUGCCAAAGGAAUGUACCAAAGCUGCAAAGAUUUUCCGCUCUUUCGUGGAUAGCAGAAACAAUGGACUCGAUGGAGUCAUCCCCCGCAACAUCCUGGCUGAGGCGAAAGGCUUUGCCAUUUUCACUAUCUUCAAGGCGGGAUUCAUCUUUUCUGCAAGAGCAGGCAGCGGAGUCGUCAUUGCGAAACGUGAUGACGGAUCCUGGUCAGCACCCAGUGCCAUUGGAACUGGAGGGUUGGGAGUGGGAACACAGGCCGGUGCUGAAGUGACAGACUUCUUGGUCGUUUUGAACUCUCGAUCCGCAGUCAGCUCAUUCAUGUCGGCAGGAUCGUUAACGUUUGGGGGAAAUAUGAGCAUCGCCCUGGGUCCCCUGGGCCGCAAUGGGGAAGCCUCCGGUGCUGUUAAUACGAAGGGGAAAAUGGCUGCAAUGUGGGCACAUCACCGAGUACCCUUGUACAGCUAUUCUAAAACCCGUGGAUUAUUCGGUGGUGUCUCUUUGGAAGGAUCGGUCAUCGUCGAGCGCCAAGAUGCCAACGCACUCGCUUACAACUCUCCUGUUACCGCCAGGAUGCUUCUUGGCGGAAUGAUCGACCCACCACCCUGGGCUACCCCACUGAUACAGGCCCUUGAUGCCUGCACCAGGUUUCCAGGAUCUCGCGAUUGGAUCGAGGAGCACAAUCGCCACACAGACCAACCCUACGUCUUUGGAACGAAUGCGGGAUUAACUCCUACCUUGUCGAGGGCACCAUCUUCCUCUUCUUCGUUCUUCAGUAAGAGAAAGAAGGCCGAAUUCCCACCUACGCAUUGGAUAGCACCACCCGAGGAAGAACAGUCAUCUUCGAACAGCGGGAUGACUGAUCCCAGUUCAGCACGAGCGAGCUUUAAGCAGCAAUUCGAGUCCGAUUUUGACCCAUUUCCUUCAACGUCACGAGGCAGCCGGGUUUCACGGCCUCCUUCAUCGACGAACCCGUUUGCAUCGCCGUCGAGCAGCAGCUCUCAUAUCCGUUCCAAUUCUCUGUACAUGCCAGCCACGACCUCAAACCAACAGGAUUCAUGGGACACACAGGAUGACGUAUUUUCUAUGAAUCGCUCGAAAUCUUUUGCACAUCGCCCCCUUCGGAGUAAGCCAGAGCUCAGCAGACCAUUAACGCCAAACGAGGGUGUAGCCCGCGCUAUAGCUUUGUUUGACUUCGAUGCUGUCGAGGCAGUAACCAAGAUGACCGAUAUGGUUGAUGACUGGUAUUAUUCUGUUAUCCUCCCUGUAGUCAUGAGACUGAAUCAAGCUAUUAGGUGGACUGGGAAGCUCAACGGCCGUCAGGGAAUAUUCCCUGCAAAUUUCGUGGAAUUGGCAUGA